AAUUAUAUUUUUCCCCAAGGCUGAAUCUAUACCAUAACAUGGGUAACAGAGGGAGGGGGGAAGUAAGAAACAUUUACCCAGGCCAAGGACACAAUAUUCGUGUGGCCAGGGAGUAGGCUGAUGUUGACAGGAUGUCAGAAAGGUCACAAGUUUGUCAUAUCUAUUAGUCAGCAGGAUGUUGGUUUUUCAGAAAGGUUACAGGUCAUCACAUUGGGUAUCUUGACGAAUCAUAUUAUUAUUCAUUUUGACCACCAGAUUUGUAUUAGUCUUCUGCAGCUGGCUGGGGAUUUUCCAUGAACCCAGUCAUACUUAAUUCUAACCAUAAUAGUAACAUCAAUAAUGGAGGGCUUCAAGGGCAUCGCUCCCAACAGGGUCUGGGCUCAGCCUGCUUGGCUUUGGAUUUUUCUCUGUCACCAGCUGUGUGGUUUUGGGCAACUCGAUUUACAUCCCCAUACUUCAUUUCUUCCCUGAAUUCUGUUUUAGAAAGACAUCAUAUUAAUUGUCAUACAACAACCUCCCAGUUUUAACUACUUAAGCAGAGGAGCUCACUGUCUAGAGGGUUCCCUGCCUCCCCAAUGCCAGGAUCUUCCAAAAAAAAAAUAUGAAGUGACUGUUUUUACAGAAGGGGAAACUGAGGCUUGGCUAGACCACAUAGAGGAUGAUUAUAAGUUUUGCAUAAGACCCCAGGACUCUAGGGUCAUGGACUACUGUUACUCCAUCCGCCAACCAUUGUCUCCACAGGUACUUGCAGUGAACAUGAGACUCUUGUGGGCAUCCCUCUUCCUCGGCUGCCUGCUUAGCAGAAGCCAUGCUUUAUUGGAAGAUUCCAUUCAGAAAUCAGGCAUCAAAAGUGGAGGCGGUGGCCCAGGAUUGAAUACAGGAUUGCUGAGUGGUAAUAAAGGUGAAUACACUAAUCUGGGAGAUGCCAUUGGGAAAAUCCCAGCUCCGAUCCCUGUUGCUUCACCUGUCAAGGUCCCUGAGAUCAAUACAGACAUUGCGGGCCAACUUGAUCAACCUGAGAUGAAUAUUCCAGGAGACUUGGACACAAGUGGUAUUACUGGCCAAUUGUCAACACCUGUCCUCAACAACGACAUCCUGGCCCAAGAAGGGCUGUUGGGUGCUGUUAUUCUCAACAACCAGAAUCUAGUCACAGAAAGAGAAAAACUACAAAUGCUACUCCUGGGUGGCAAAGUAUCAUUUGGUAUAAAAAAUGACCUCGUGGAGGCAGCAGGGACCUCAGCUGUGGAAGGCUUGGUCUGCAAAGGCUCCCUGGGUGGCCUUUGUGGCCAUGGGAGUCUCUCUGGCAUGAAUAAUGUUCUGAAGACCAUGAAUUCUGGGAAACUUGAUAGCUGGCUCAAUGUCACCCGCUUCGACAUUGUCCAUCUAUCAUGGAAGGUCUUUGCCUCAUCUGAUCUCGAAGUUAAAUUUCAGACCAAGUUGACUAUCAACUUCUCAGGGAUGCUCUCAUUUCUCAGUGGUGCCACAGUGGAUGUGAACAUUGAAAUCCCCUUGCAUUUGCAACAGGCUGAGCCUGGUCAAAUCUCAUUUUCCGUGAAGAGUUGCCGGACAGUAUUCACUGGGAUCCAAGUGAAUACAGGCGUGUUCUCCCCAAUGAUGGAAUCAAUGUUGAAAUGGUCCUUGAACAUCUCCUUGCCCAACAUAUUGUGCCCAGUGGUCCGAUUCUGGUUCAACAUCAUCAACCAACAGUUGGCCAUUCUCAGAAAUAUCGCCUCAUUAGGGAUGCCGGGGAACAGCAACUUACUCAAUGCCUCGCAACCCAUGCUGUAUGAACACACAUAUUACAUGGACUUUAAGAACAAAAGCUUCCCGGCUUCUUUCAUCAACUGGUUGAUUAAAACUCCCUCUUCAUAAACACGUUGAGACACCCUGCUGGCUUGAGGAAGACUUCUAAAGCCAGGCAACUGUGUAAGGAAGAGGAUGGGACAAGUGGAAUAUGCCUUAAUGUAGCCCCUAAAGUCUCCGAAGACCAGGAAGGCUCAAGUGGAGGGCAAGACCUGCAGCACCCAAGGAUCCGCCGGGGAGGAUCCUGGGAACCCUUCUACCAUGAUAUAUAUUCUUCCAGCAGGUCACACUUGACAGGCCUUUACUUAUGUGGAUCUAUCAUGGUGUUCUAUAUAGCAUUAAUGAAAUGUCAAGUUGUGAACAGAAAGUUAAAUAAAGCAAAUCCCCUCCCCUAUGUCACUGCUGCUAAAAAUAUAGCAGAAAUAGGCUCAAAUGUCUCUCUAUUCAGGAACAAUAAAGGUCACCUUGGA